AUGGUUGUGAAGGGCGAGAGGCUUGUCAGGCGAAUUCUCAAGGUUCUCCGCCCGCCUAGUCUAGGCACUCCAAAUGCAAUUGAAUCAAGUGCGGUGACAACCCACACUGGACAGGCUUUCGACUCCAAAGACUACCGCUCCGCAAGGUUUAUGCAAUCAACGAAACUAGUAAACAAGCAAUUUGCUGUGGAGCUCAUCAAAAAUGUGCCUCCGAAGCAAGUUGCGGAAAGCAUUGUCGCCUGCGACGGUGGUCACAGUGUUCUUGGACACCCCAAAGUUUACAUUAAUUUGGUAGUGUUUUCAAAUGCAUUUAUUCUGCGUUGUUCUAGGAUAAGCCUGGUCUUCACACGUGUGGAUACUGUGGUCUUCGCUACGAAAAAGUUGAGGCGCACUAACAAUCUGUUGUGCCUGGUAACUUCUUAG